AUGAAACGAAUUAAUACAUAUGAAAGUGGUGGUGAUUCUGAUGAUGAGUUUAUCGAUUCAAGUUUAAGCCCCAGAGAUUAUGAAUAUGAACAUGUAACUAAUCGAAAAAAACGUCGUGGUGUUAUUGAAAAACGUCGUCGUGAUCGAAUAAAUCAUUGUCUUAUGGAGUUACGAAGACUUGUACCACAAGCUAUAUCAAAAGAAGGUUCAACAAAACUUGAAAAAGCUGAAAUUUUACAAAUGACUGUUGAUCAUCUUCGUUCAUUACAACAAAUCAAUAAAGAUUCCAAUAAUCCUUGUCCAUCAUGGCCAGUAUUUGAUGCACAUGCAAGUGGAUUUCGUGAAUGUAUUGAUGAAAUAUCUCGUUAUUUAAUCUCAGUUGAAGGUUUUGAUGUUCAACAUCCAUUACGUUUACGUCUUUUAUCACAUCUUGAAUGUUUUACUGAACGAAGUAUAAGUCCAUCAUCAUCACAUCAAUCAUGGCCAAUAUUACAUCAACAAGCACCUAGUGCUUUUGCAACACCACCUUUAUCAUCUUACUCAUCUUCAACAAUUGGAUAUCAUCAUCAAACUAAUUCAAAUUUUAAUAUGCAUCAUUAUCAACGACCACCUAUUGAGUCAUCUUGUCAAUUGCCACCGCCACUGCCACCACCACCAUCUUCAUCAUGUAUUUAA